UAAACUUUGUGCGUGGUGUGUGGUGCGGUUUUUUUCAAGAAAGUAGAAAAGCACCGUGCAUACUACUAAGUUCGCAGUCUCAACAUCAAGAAAUCUACCGCGGUCUAGGACUGCACUCGCCGGUUCCGUGCUCCGCGCAAUAAUCGAUCCCGUAAAAUAGAUUCGCGGGCAAACCACUUAUGUGGGCGCACGCGUCGCUUUUGGUAUUGCAGCUUUGAUCUGCAACGGGGUAGAGCAAACAAAUUUCAUGCAAAUCUACCAAAAAUGGGUUUCCAUUUUCUGCCUGCCUACCUCGCCGAAGCCGCUCAGCUGUUUCUGGCAGCGGAGCUACUCUUUGCCCCUUGCUUGUUCACCUUCGUAACAGCAACAGCAAGCCCACCUACCACCCGCUACGUCUGUUUCCCGGGCGAGGAGUGGAUGGAGAAGCAGUGCUGUAAUCAGAACCUCUACGGCCCGAAGGGUUUGUCCCACCUCUGCUUUCAACACGGCGGAUUUUCUUUUGACAUGUGCUGCACCGGAAGAACACCAGACGGAAAAGCACCCGCUAUCGGCGACGACGAGGAGGUUAUGUACGUUGAGACGGACGAGCUGGAAAAGCGGUUUCCGGACGGCUGCAGCAGUCACCUGAGCUGGAUCCCCAUGAUUUACGCUGUCUUGCUCUUGACCUCCGUGACCUACAACCAGGUCGGGGAGGUGGUGCGAAACGAAGAUCGGGAGCAUUUCUUGUCCUCCGCAUCUACGUCAAAGCCAGGUGUAGAUGCGGCGCAAAGCAAGAGUUUGAAUGGCGAGGCUGGGACUACUUCCGCAGAAGGUGCCGAAGAGCAAGGCCGCAUAGAGGACCCCAACAGCCAUCAAACGGUCGAGAUGACCAUCCCGCUUUCUUUAUCCCGACCUGGCGGUGCGGUUGCAGAGGGAAAUAUUAAAGAUGAGCCAAAAGCCUCCACCGAAAAUCUGUCUGAGAUUCAGUCGACGACUACCAUCUCCCGUGCGUCGAAUAUUGAGUACUUAGUCCUGCAGCGCGUGGGGUUUUCCAUGUCCCAUUUCUACCGGGGCGCGAUUCAGUUCUUCAAGCACGGAAAGCUUGACCUCGGAAUGAUCAGCAUGCUAAACGACAUCUUGCGGAACUUCGCCUACGCCUUCUCCAAAUGUCCCAUGGUCACGUCGCUCGCGGUCUUGUUGAAGGCGCAUCAGUAUCCUGUGCAAAAGUAUCGUAGUAGGUACUAAUUGCAUUUAUGCAUUACAAAUCUCUUUCUCAAGGCAAAUCAGCAUUACAAAUUCAAUUUGUAAUUCUGGGACAAUUUGUAAUGCAAUUUAUACUAGUACGAUGGUUUUGCAUUGCAUAAUCAGCUCUCGAGCCAGGACGUGUCCGCGGCGCUCGACAUGUACAGUUCCAUCGUGACGUUGGUCACCGAGGCAGAGAAAGCACAGAAAAUCCCAAACACGAGCAGCUGGGGGUGGGGCAUCCUGGUCUCUCGCUUCAACCCGGUAAACACACGGGUUUUUCAGAACAGAACCAGAAUGGAAACCGCAGGUUCAUCUGCGAUCGAAUGGAACGCAGUAAAUGCACUCCGCGGCCGCCCCGACGUAGUAGUUGCAGAAGCGCCCCCUCCAAGUGGAACUUCCUGGAUCGACGCGCUGCUGAAGAUGCAACUGGAGUUGGGCGGGAAUGAACGAGCUGACACGACCCGUCGCGGGGAGGAGCGGGAAAGAAGUUACCAAGGACAAGGAGAUCGCGAAAGUGGUCACACUUUCAACUUCCUGGCCUAUUCCCCGGGCUUUGGCUUCGCGGAAUCGACAGACCUGAAACGAUUGGAAAAGCUGAAAAUCGAGAAAAAUCAGGGGAAAAAUACGAAGAAGCAGCUUCAAGAACCGAACAAAGUUCGGUCAGCUUCAAGAACCGAACAAAGUUCGGUCACUCUUUCUAAUCCAAUUUCUUCCUUCACUGGCUACCGUACUUCGACAGCGGACUUUUCCAAGGCAAUCGUUUCCCUCCCAGACGGUCGGUUUUCGCAGCUUACGCAUGUCCCCACCGUGGACAUCGUGAUGCCGUACUGCUGCGAGGGAUUUUUGGAUUUGAACUUCGCGGUCGGCGAUAAAAACUUCAGGGUGAUUCUCUACGACAUCUGCGGCUGCGACGCGUCCAAGUUGCAGGAAUUGGACGGAAUAAAGGGGAACUUUCUCGUCGUGGUGCAGAACGAUCAUGCUGGAAGUGAAGGCGUGUUUGCGGCAGACAGCGCGGGCGGGUCGUUUGAAAAAGAAGCUGUACAUGAACCGGAAGCUGUAGCUAGGUCGAGGACCACUGCUGCGCUGGGUGAAAAUGAAAAUGAGCAAACUGAGAGCAGCAGCGGCGAGUCGCCACCAGCUACCUCUACGUCUCGACGUGCUGGACUUAGCAAGCUGUACUUCGACAACUCGCUGACCGAAGCAGUUCCCUCGGGCGAGAUUGUUGCCUACUUCUACCACCUGUGGAAGUACUACGACAGGAUGUCGGACGUCACGCUCUUUCUCCACCCGGACUACCAGGAACACAUACGGGAGCAGCUGCUCGAGCGGGUACUCUACAGCCUCAAGGGCAACAACACCUGGGAUUUCUCCCUGGGCUUCAUGUACCUCGGGUGGCGGCACGAAAGUCCCGUGAUAGACGGAAAGGUCGGGCCGCACUGGAGCAGGCACUGUCCGCAUUACGUAGCGGGUGGAUCUGGAUCAUCAGGAACAGGAAGAGCAAGAGCACCAACUACUACAAAAAACAAGCCGGUUGCCGAAGUUCUUGUCGACGAUCCCAGACCUCCUGGCACGCCUUUGUAUCCGUGUCGCUUCGACGAGUGGGCGUUUUCGAACGUGGUCAGAAGGCACCGGCACGACGUGGUGGGCGAUUACAACCCCGAGCUGCUUCGGCGGAUCUGGCGGAUUCUCUUCCAGGAAGAGUUCCACACCGUGUACGACGAUUUCGGGGGGUACGAUUUCAACCAGUUUCUGGUCUCCCGCGACCGCGUCCGCUCCACGAACCAGAGAAGCUACUACCGGCACGUGGCCUACCAACUCCAGGACCUGGCGCAGUACCGGGAGUUAUUCGGAGGAGGUCCUCGAAGAACUUCUACUAGUAGCAGAAGUAGCCCGACGCGAAAUGAAAUCCUGAAAAACGUAAUGUCGAGGAGCCGCGGCCACAACAGAGCGAAUGGCAAGAACGAGAACAUGAAAGCGCCAUCUUCCUCACGACAACGUUUGAAAUUCAAAACGGGACGAGGGCCAGGACCUGCCCGACACCCCAACGCGCAGUCCUUUGUCUCGGACCGUGUAGACCUAACUCCCCGCUACGGCUUUAACAAGGGCGUGUGUAUUUGGUUUGAGCACCUGUGGCACUUGCUUUUUGGGGUUGACGACGCAAGGUGGAAACCCAAGGAGGAACGGAGCUUGGGAGUUGGAGUGGGGUCAUCUGCAGCUGCAUCCGGUCUUCUUGCCAAGGUGGACGUCGACCUCGAACACAGCGGCAGCAGCUCAUCUUGUCCGGCGGAGAUCCACCGCGACGUUGAAACCUCCAGGAGGGUGCUGGUUCGACCUCCUGCUCACUACCUUCACGAGCGGGACGAAAUCCAGCGGCGGCUCCCACAUCGCGACAUACGAAAUAAGUGAACAACCUCCCCUCUCGCUCAUUUGCAUUGCACAAACAGCAAUACAAGCGUCGGCAAGAAUGCAGGUUUUGCAUGACAAAUUUUCCCAGGCUUGUAGUGCUGUUUGAGCUUCCACAACUUGUCGCGCCAAAAGUGGCAAGAGGCAAAAGGGUGGAUUUGGUAUUUUGCAUGACAAGCGAGAGGGAGGGGCAGGGGGAGGAGUGCACUCUCAUACGACAUCGUGCGGUACGACGAUGCGGAGUUGGACUACGAGAAUUACACGCCGAACUACUUUCACAAGAACUUCGACUAUGAUUUCACGAAGACCGCGGACGUCUUGAAGUUUGAGAAAAGAAGAUACCUGUCCUAUUCCCGUUGGGACGAUGCGACUUUGCCUCUAGCCUUUCGCGACUACGUCGAUAGCAUUCAGCUCCACAAGUAUCUCCUCACGCCAAAUGAAACCUGCGCUCUGAUGAACAAAUGUAUGCCGCCAAUUCGGCUGAGAAUAUAGAAAUGAAAAAGAAGGGCAAGAGAUCGUGUACGACGAGGAAAAGAAAAUAUCAAUAUGAAG